AUGUCACCCCCAGCCAAAGCCUACUUCCACGCCACCUCAAAUGGCUCACAGAUAUUCGUCGAAGAAUACGGCACAGGACCAUUGAUGGUCCUGAUGCACGGACUUGGAGGAACAACGAAUACCUUCCAGCCUCUCAUCAGACAUUUUGCUUCUCGGUUCACUAUGCUUCGCUUCGACUUCCCAGGAUCCGGAUUCAGCAGUUUCGAGUCUCCGUUGUCAAUACCUCAAUUUGUUGACGACCUCGCUUCCAUUCUCCAAUCACGAGAUACCAAAGAGCCACCGAUACUCGUUGGCCACUCUCUUGGGAGCAUCGUCGCCAUGCACUACGCAUCUCAGCAUCCAAAAGUCCGUGGUCUGGUUCUUAUCGGUCCUGGGAGAUCGGCUUCGCACAUCCCGGCCGUCGUGGAGCGCAUGACUGGUCUCGGAGCAAAAGCUAGAGAAGGCAUUCACGGUAUCAGAGAUUCCACCAUCGACAACAAUGUGGCACCGAGUUCAUCAGAUCUCUCCCGAACGGUCGUUAGACAGAUGAUCAGUUCACAGACAGCUGAGGGAUACGCUGCCACGUGUGAAGCUGUAUGCGCGAAGAGUCAUAUCGAUCCAGAUUACUCCGCGAUUACAUGCCCAACAGUUCUGAUAGCAGGAGAUCAGGAUAACAUCUCGCCGCCUUCGAGAUCUGAGGAGUUGAGAGGCUUGAUUGGAGGAGGAAAUGAGAAGGUUACUAUUGAAGUGGUACACUCGGGUCACCAGCAGGUGCUGGAAGACACUGCGGGGGUUGUGAAGGCGAUGGAAUCUGUUUUGGCUCUAUUAUGA